GCACUUAAAUCAAGAGGUUUAGCCAUCAAACAAUGGCAGCUGGUGUUGCAAACAGCUCUUCAAGCAAUACGCUCGCUUUUAUGCACAGCAACUAAUGCUACACCUCAAGAAAGGAUGUUCACACAUAUCAGAAGAUCUCACAAUGGGUGCUCAUUGCCUACUUGGCUGUCUACUGCAGGACCUGUUCUAAUGAGAAACCACAUCCAAGAAAAUAAAUAUGAACCCAUUGUUCAAGAGGUUGAGCUCUUGGAGGCUAAUCCAGAAUAUGCCCAUGACAGGUUGCCUGACGGCAACGAAACCAGCAUCUCAUUGAGGCACCUUGCUCCUCGAGGGGAUUCCACUGGGAACCUAGAUGAAAACCAUCGCCUUACUCUGGAAUCUCUUUAAAAAUACUGAGCGCUUUGUGAUGCUGUUUCCUUCCGUCCUCUUGUAUCCUUACAAAAGUAAAUAAAAUAAUUUUCGCUCACUAGGUCAAUGUACUUAAAUGUGUAAGUCAGAAACUCGAAACAGGACAGUCGCAAGAGAAAAAUUGAAGUAUGCUAAGGUCCAACUCGGGGCCCCAAGUGCGCCGUACCAAGAUCUUUUCAAAAUUAAAUGCUAACUCGGAUUUUUGGCAAAUACCUCUUGAUGAAGAGUCUUCGUAUCUCACAACAUAGAUCACACCCUUUGGCAGAUUUCGUUUCUUAUGUUUACAAUUCCAAAUAUCAUCUGCUCCGAAUAUUUUCAACGUAGAAUGUCUCAAGCUUCA